UACUUGUUGGUCUGUACAUUAGUAUUGUGCAAAACAUUGACCAUCAAGAUUCUUUCAAAAUGGCGUCUGCUGUGCAGCCCCUGACACUUUCCAGAGAUAUCAAAAGAGCUAUUGAGCUCCUGGAAGAGUUGAGUGAAAGGAGUGAUCUGCCUGCACAAAAGCUUCUGAAUCUUAAAGCUGUUUUGGAGAGCAACUUUUGUCAGUCUGUUAGAGAGGUCUAUGAACAUGUUUAUGAGACUGUGGAUGUUGAAGGAAAUCCAGAAAUCAGAGCCAAUGCUACAGCCAAGGCAACAGUUGCAGCAUUUGCAGCUAGUGAAGGUCAUGCACAUCCUCGCAUUGUUGAAUUGCCAAAGACUGAGGAAGGUCUCGGAUUUAACGUGAUGGGUGGAAAGGAGCAAAAUUCUCCUAUAUACAUCUCAAGAAUAAUCCCAGGAGGUGUGGCAGAUCGGCAGGGAAGCUUGAAACGAGGAGAUCAAUUGCUUGCAGUCAACGGUGUUAGCGUUGAAGGAGAAAACCACGAAAAAGCAGUUGAUUUGUUGAAAGCUGCUCAAGGUACUGUAAAGCUGGUUGUCAAAUACACGCCCAAAGUCCUGGAGGAAAUGGAAUUGCGCUUUGACAAACAACGAGCUCACAGAAAAAGAUGAGUUUUAUUAUUCCUGGAAAAGCAAGUAUACAAAAUACCUUUUAUUUCAGAGACAGUUUUACCAACUGAUUUGUAUUAUCAUUAUUAUCUUGUUUGUACUCAACCCUUUAACUAUAUUGCAAGUCGAUAAUCAUUAACAUUUUCAUUUUUAUAGUAUAUUUCUAAUAGUUAAGCAUUUUAUGAUCGUAUCGAAAUUUAUCGCACUAAUUUCCAAUUAUUGGCAAAACUUUUUUGAAUUCAUUCCAAAAUCUAUCAUAUUUUGCGUGCCUAAUGUAGUUUUUCUGGUAUUAAGACAGUUUUUGAGUCAUGCUAUCUUGUUUGUUAUUGUUUGAGACAGUUUAUCAUUAUUUUUCGUGCUAGUUUUGCACUUCUUUCUAUUGCUAGCUUAUUGAGACGUGUGAGAUUGUAUGUUAUUUUAUUGGCUUUAGAAAUGUAGACCUGGAAUUUCGAAUAACCGCAAUAUUAUUUCAUUGAUUAUUUUAUCAACUACUAA